CUGUUCAAGAUAUUACUCAUAUGUCGUUUAACAACUAACAAGGGAAAUCAAGAUUUAAUUUCUGCGAAAUUAUUAAAAAUUGAUUUGUUAAAGUAGAUACAAAUUUUUGGCCAAGAUGUCUGACGAUCUUCCAGACAAGUUUGAUUUGAUCGUCAUAGGCACUGGAUUUCCGGAAAGUUGUGUAGCUGCAGCGGCGAGUCGCAUUGGCAAAAUCGUCCUACAUAUCGAUCCAAAUGAUUAUUAUGGAGGCGUAUGGGCUUCAUUUAACUUGGAGUCAUUCUGUGCACUAUUGGAACAAGGCAGAAACAAGGAGUUACGAAAUGCAAGCCUGAAAUGGCACGUAGCCGAACAGUUAGGUGAUGAAUGUAAAACAGGGGAAAAUAACCAGGAAAAUGUGGAUCCUGCUUCGGAAGACGGUACAGAAAAAGUGGCGGUUGGCCAAAGUGUGUCUACACAGGGUACACAACAAUGGAGUCGGCAAACUUUGUUACAGCAAUCACGUCGCUUUAAUAUAGACUUAAGCCCGAAUAUACUAUAUUCAGCGGGGCGUUUGGUGCAAUUGCUUGUGUCUUCAAACAUAUGUCGCUACGCUGAGUUUCGGGCAAUGGAUCGUGUAUUGACGCGCUUCCACAAAGAAAUCAUUAAUGUGCCUUGCUCUCGCAGUGAUGUGUUCAAUACCAAAGAUUUGAACAUCGUAGAGAAACGACUGCUUAUGAAAUUUCUAACAAUCUGUCUAACAUAUGGUGAAGAUAAAACAGAGGAGGAUACCGCACUGUUUCGUGGUAAAACAUUCCGUGAAUAUCUGCAAGAGCAAAAGGUUACCGAGAAGAUAAGUUCUUGUAUAAUGAAUGCAAUUGCUAUGUGCAACGACGAAACGCCCUUCGAAAUAGGCAUGGCCCGUACCCAACAGUUUCUUAACAGCCUUGGGCGUUACGGCAAUACUCCAUUUCUGUUUCCAAUGUAUGGUUGUGGUGAAAUACCGCAAUGCUUUUGUCGACUCUGCGCAGUUUUUGGUGGUACUUACUGUCUGAAGCGACGUAUUGACGAUAUAACCAUCGAAGCGGAUACUAACAUUGCGAAUGUCGUGCUAGAGGGCAAAACUAUAAAGGCAAAUCAUGUAGUCAGCGCGCAAGAGCAUUUGCCAAAUGUUUUAUUGGAACGAAAUAUGGGCAUAUAUGGACAAGGAGAUUUGGUAAAUUGUCUUUCUAGAGGUGUUUUCUUGACGGCCACGCCAUUAGGAUCUGAAGAGUUGAAUUCCGGUGGUGGUGGCGUGAAUAUUUUAAGACUCUUAGCUGAUAGACAGGAAGCCUUUGUCAUCCAACUAUCACAUUUUUCAGGCACCUGUCCCAAAGGAGUCUACAUCUUUCACUUCACCACGGUUGCGCAGAGUGAUCAACCGGAGCAAGAUCUGGCACCUUUUGUGGCACAAGUAUUUAAUUCUGAAUUGGGAAAUGCACCUAAAUUACUAUACUCCGCUUACUUCACCAUCAUGGGACGAAAACAAGUUAUGUCCAGUCCAACUGUAGAUUCAUCAACGCCGAUAUUUUGUACCAGCGCUCCAUUUUACAACCUGGAUUACGAUGAAUCCAUAAAAAAUGCGCGCGACAUUUUCACUAAAUUGUACGGAGACGCCGAAUUUCUACCACGUGCGCCCGAUCCAGAAGAGAUUGUAAUCGAUGGCGAAGAUCCACGUGCUCUUAGUGAAAAUAGUUUGCCCGAUGAUUUACGUGAACAAUUGAGAGAACUGGAAAAAUCAGUUGAACAUAUGGAAUUCGAAGAGACAGACGCAGUGUCUGCUGGUGAGAGUGAACAACACCAAAUGGACGCUGAGUAAGCAACCAACAAAACGCGUUUAAAUCGUAAUCGAUUAGAAAAAAACUAUCAAUUCCAAUUCUUAUAAUUGAAUAAGCAACGUUGUACUACUGCUAACAGAUAACUAAAGUAUAUGCAAACAUGAAUGUGUAGUAAGUCGCUGCUAAACUUUUUUUUACAUUUCGAACUUUCACAUAAAAUUAAAAUUACGCACCCACAAACAA